CAGCUGCAGCCUGCAGCCUUGCGAUUACCUUCCAUUUUAUGACAAACGGUUCUUCCACUUAACAACUUGACAAGCUUCACUUCUCUUUCUCCUUUUAAUCUUGCGUCCUUCAACACCCGCAAAAUGGCUUCAGCGGACCGAAACCCUCUGGUUUCGUCCCAGAAGCCUUCCGACUCUGGACUACAAGCUGUCCUCCAUCCCCUCGUUCUUCUCACAAUUUCCGAUUACAUCACACGACACACUCUCAGAGCCCAACAAGGCCCUAUAGUAGGUGCCUUGAUAGGACAGCAGAAUGGACGCGAGAUUACCAUCGAGCACGCCUUUGAGUGUGCAACUACACCGAAGGACGGUUACAUUAUUCUUGAUCCUGUUUGGUUCGCACAACGUCUAGAUCAAAUGAAAACGAUACACAAAUCCCCCCCUCUCGAUCUCGUCGGCUGGUAUACAGUAUUACCUAAGAGCGGCCCAACUCCUGCCCAACUCCCCAUUCACCAAUGGAUCCUUUCGGAGCACAACGAGUCGUCUAUCCUACUUGCAUUUCACCCCGAAGAAGCAGUUCAACAUUCGGCAGGGAGCAAGUUGCCUUUGACAAUCUACGAAUCCAACUAUGAGGUGGACGAACCGAAAGCAGAUCAGGGUGAAGACAAGGAGAUGCGAGAUGGAGACCCGCCUCUAAAGCUGAAGUUCAGGGAGCUACCGUAUUCGGUUGAGACGGGCGAGGCGGAAAUGAUAAGCAUGAACUUUAUCGCCCGUGGAGCUGGCAAUGCAACAGUGGUCGAAUCCACAGAACGGAAGAAGGCAGUUAUCAACGACACGAAUUCCAAGGGCAAACAACCCGCAACAGCCCCAGAAGCCCCGGAUAUUGGCCCGAGCAUCGAUGAACAUGCACUAUCGGCCGAGGAUGAAGAGAUGAUUGCCGCUCUCACUGCCAAGGCAAAUGCGAUCAAGAUGUUGCAGUCCAGAGUCAACCUUCUGAUAACAUAUCUUGAACGAUUACCACCCUCUUAUCUCUCCCCGAACAACGCCACAAACCUCUCCGAAGCCCAGUACACAACCCCGUCGCACACAAUUCUCCGAUCCAUACAAGCUCUUGUCAGCAGACUAUCACUACUAGUACCGUCUGACACCGAAGCUUACGAGCUAGAGAUGUUGCGAGAAUCCAACGAUGUCCACCUAGUCGAGCUCCUAGACGACGUAAUGCAGAGUCUCAACGAAGCCCGCGACAUCGGCAAGAAGUACGGAAUCGUGGAAAACGCCAAGAGCCACAGCAAGAAGCUGCGUGACGAUUUAAGUCACAGCUCAGGAUUUAAUUUCUCUAGUUCCGGUGAUCUUGCUGCCUAGAAGGGAGCAAGAAAGAGGAGGGAAAUAGAUCGUUAUCCAAAAUUCUAGGUACUUCGCAGCAUACUUGUUUGCAUUUGCAAGGCGAAAGAGGCGUUUUAGAGGCCAAUAUUAGCAAGUUGUGUUAAUCACGACUAGGUGUUUGA